UAAAUGUCAUUCAUUCGUGUAGCUUCAAAAAUCAGAGAAAGCUCUAAAGAUGAAAAUAAAUGUGCCAGUAUUUGGACCACAAACCAACUUUGCAUAGAUUAAAUAAUUACUUUUGUGGUAAUAAACUAUUCAUAGUGCAUAUUAUGCUUUAUUUGUUUCACUUAGUUAUUCGUCAGUCAAAAAAGAAGUAAUCGCUUAUAAAGUUCUUAAACAUAGCACCAGUCAUUCAUUUUUCCUAUUAGGGUCAUUUUGAAUUAAGUCAUUUUUCGCGCUUUCUAAAUUAAUACCAGAGUUAUAGUUUGUGUUUUUAGUUUGUUUAAUCAAAUAAACAUUUGUCGAUAAAGAAGGGCAAGUUUCUCUCAUUCCAAAAACGUCAUUUAUUCACGCCCGGCUGUGGUAUUUGAUUGCUGACUAACUUUGCCAGGAGCAGAAACGCUCCCUUGGCAUAUUUGGGUCUGAUCAACAGCUGUUUCUCUGGGGCUUCUGUGCUCUUCAUAAACUGACCUAACAUCUGGAUAUAAAUGAAGGAGUCACGAGAAUGAGCGAAACGUUGUUAGGACGGUGCUAGAACUUGAUGUUUGCCUUCCACGAGCGGAUCAAGUCAAGACGGGAUGUCUGAUCAAAUGGCUGAGAUGGCCGAGAGCUGGCGGAACUGCUUUGAGGAGGAACUCAUUUGCCCAAUUUGUUUGCAUGUGUUCGUGGAGCCCGUACAGCUGCCGUGCAAACACAACUUCUGCCGGGACUGCAUCAGCGAGGCCUGGGCCAAAGACACGGCCAAUGUGCGCUGCCCGGAGUGCAACCACGCGUACAACCAAAAACCAAACCUGGAGAAAAACAUCAAACUCAAUAAUAUUGUGGAAAAAUUCAACGCGCUGAACGUCGAAAAAGCGCCGGCCGUUCUGCAUUGCAUUCUGUGCAGGCGAGGGCCUCCUCUUCAAGCGCAGAAAGUGUGUCUUCGUUGUAAUGCACCGUGUUGCCAGUCUCACAUCCAGACGCAUCUCCAGCAGCCCUGUCCUGCUCCUGGACAUCUACUGGUGGCGACUGAGGAGGUCCGGGCCUGGAGCUGCCCGCACCAUGACGAAUACAGACUCUAUCACUGCGAUGUGGAACAGGUGGCGGUCUGCCAGUACUGCUGCUUCUCCAGAUGUGCGCCAAACCAUGGCCAUGCGGUGCGCGACGUGGAAGUACGACGCAAUGACAUCAGGCAUAUGUUAAUGAAGCAGCAGGAUCGCAUUGACGAUCGAGUGAAAGACAUCGAGGAGCAGCUGUAUAAGUUGGAGUCUGACAAAGUACUGGUGGAGGAUAAGGUACAGCAGCUGAAGGAGGAGGUGCGUGUGCAGUAUCACAAAAUGCACCAGCUCUUAGAAGACGACCUGGGGAGAACUCUGGAGGUGCUGGAUAAAGCACACUCCAAAUACUGCCAGGAGAACUCAACCCAAACCCUGCAGCUCAAUGCACGCCGUCAGGAGGCCAAGAAACUGCUCAGCUCUGUCCAAGUUGUGUUUGACAAGGCGGAGAAUAUUAACAUCAUGAAGAACACAAAACCAGUGAAAAUACUCAUGGACAGAUCAACAUCAUGUACAGGCAGUGUUCUGCCUCCUUACAAAGUGGGUCAUCUUAAUUCCAAAAUAUUCCUGUCUGAAGUCUCAAAAAAGGAAAAGAACUUGAGAAAAAUACUGGAAGCACCAUUCAGUACUCCCGCACACUUCCUCCAGAGCAUAUCUGUCCACCCCUCCAGUGUGAAUACCUCCGGGGGUGAGAAACGCAAACACUCCACAGCCUUCCCUGAAAGCAGCACUAGCCUGCUGGAUUCCUCGUCAGGCCCCAUGAGCAAACAGCAGUUCCUGGGUCAAGGUUCCAGCUCCACAGACGGGCCGACGUCACAGCCGCCCUUGGCUCCCUGUAGCUCCACCCAGCACAUUGUAGGCCUCAGCAGUAGCAGCAGCGCCCAGUCGGUCCAUCAUUCCAGCUCAGUUUUUACUCCAGCUGACUACCCCAAUCCCAGCUCCUCCCAGCAGGCCAUGCUGCCCCAAUACGGUGGCCGUAAGAUUCUCAUGUGCACGAUGGACAACUGCUAUUGCUCUAGCGUCCCCUCCAUAUCGAACCACCGUGGCCAUCCUCCCUACCCUCGCUCGGGAUCUUUCCCUUGGACACAGGAUUACUCGCACCCCCUGCCCUCCACGGCCUCAAUGUCCCAGCCCCUCCAAGGGCUCUCCAUGCACGACUGGAUCGACGCCUCACAGAGCCACAGGCACCCUGAUUUCUAUGGAUUGUAUGGGCAAUCUUCCACUAAACCAUACGUCACCAGUUAACCUUCCACUGCAUCUCCGGUUUAUCUCCGAUAUCUCGCUCAUUUCCUCCAUAGACCUUUUUCCCGCCUGUUUUUUAAAAUCAGGCUUGUUCACUUAACAAUUGCAAGGAAAACAGCACUUUUUAUCAUGCAAUGCAAGCCUCUCGGCUUAAAAACUCAGAUCUCUUCCAACUUAAGCAUUAAAACCCUGUCUGUCCCUGUGUAAAAUAAUAAGGGAAUCUUUCUUUGAGAAAUGUGGAGGCGGGACCCAGCUGAGUUUUUAAAAUUACAAACAGAUUUUGGAUAAUUGCAGAGGGUUUUGACCCAGAGCAGAUAAUGAUCACUUGUAAACGGAGUUAGUUUUAACUCUUCACCUCCCCUCU